CGACUCUCUUGCGCUGAUUGAUGUAGUGCAGAAGAUGGAGACAGCACUGGAUGGAAAUCAGGACAAAGACACAACAUUAGGCAAAGAAAACCUACUCUAUGGUGCAGACAUGAAUUUCUCCAGUUCAGGCCGAUAUGAUUUUCAGACAAGUGACAUUAAACCUAAUAAGUCAUCAAAAAGGGCAUGCAGCGCUACAGUGAUUAUAUUUCUACUUCUAUUACUAGGACUCAAUGUCUUCCUAACUUACAAAGUCUUCACUAUAGAGGCAUGGGUUCACUCUCAACAGACAAAAGGAGAAAAUGCAAAUAAACAAGAAUUUGCCUCUACAUUAAAACAACAGUCUCAUUUGGAUCUGCAUUGCCUGUCCAACCUCUGUGGGGAUGAGAGAGGUCUGGAGUCUCUGAUGUUUCAAAUGUACCUACUCAAUUCCAGUGCUCUUCAGUUACAACAUCAGGUGGAGAGCAUUAGUCAGAAAAAAGCCCUUCCUGGACCGCCGGGACUUCCAGGACCACCAGGAGUCAGGGGAUUGCAAGGUUUACCUGGUGAUAAAGGUUUAGAUGGACUCACGGGACCCCCAGGACUUAAAGGAGACCCAGGUUCACCAGGUGGAAUGGGUGAGCCUGGAGCCAUAGGUCCAAAGGGAGAAAAGGGAGAGACGGGCAUCACAGGACCAGUAGGCCCAUCUGGGAUCUCAGGCCCCCCUGGUGUCCCUGGUAUUAAGGGAGAAAAAGGGCUUGACGGUUCUAAUGGUAUUCCUGGUGAAGAUGGUCAGAAAGGAGAACCAGGUAGUGCUGGACCACAAGGCAACCCUGGACCACCAGGUAAUCAAGGAACACCAGGCUUACAAGGACCACAAGGUGUUUCAGGGCCGAGAGGAUCUGCUGGACCACAGGGCCUAAGCGGGCCGCAAGGGCCCCCUGGAGAGAAAGGUUCACCUGGAGAAAAGGGAGAUACUGGUGAACGCACUGCAGGUAUUCCAGGCGUUCCGGGGCAAAAGGGAGACAGAGGAUUAACUGGAUUAUCUGGAGCAAAAGGUGCACAAGGCAGUAAAGGAGAACCCGGCUUUCGUGGUUUACAGGGACCAAAAGGUGAUCCAGGUUCUAUGGGUCAAAAAGGGCAAAAGGGAGAUCAAGGACUACAAGGUCCUAAAGGAAAUAAGGGAGAAGCUGGAGCAAGUAAAAUGGUGCGCUUGGUUGGCUCUACUACUUCAGGCAGAGUAGAGGUACUGUAUAGUGGAGAGUGGGGCACGGUGUGCGAUGACAGCUUUGACACUAUGGACGCCACAGUGUUGUGUAAAAUGUUAGGUUUCCAGCGGGUUACACGAGUUUUCACAGCACCACCAGGAUCAGGUAGAAUCUGGUUGGAUGACUUGCAGUGUACAGGAACAGAGGCGAGCGUAUUUGAUUGUAAACACCGUGGCAUGGGAGUAAAUGACUGCCAACACAAUGAGGAUGCUGGAAUAACCUGUUCCUGAAUAAACACAACAAUUCCCAAGACCCUUAUUCCCAUAUAAAUGUAUACACAGAUGUAUAAGGGGUGUAUAAGCAUAUACAAGUAUAUGUAUUUUUAAGUAAUCACAUUUACAGUAUAAUGCAGUGAUGCAUGUUGAAGUUUGAUGGAUACAAGGUGUCAGUCUAUGUCUUUUCCUAUUUGUCUCUGCUCCUCUAACCUCCCAUUCAUAUUUAGUAUAAACAUUUAUUAAUCUAUUUAUCUGCUUUCCAUUACAAUAUUACAACAAAAGAUAAGUAUAUUGCAUUGGGUUAAUUAAAUUAUUUCUUUGGUUGUUAAUUUCAUUUAUAUACUACUUUUCUAACAGUGAAGAUCAUUUUAAAAGAAUAUAACACAAAGUAGCAACAAUCUGUUCAACAAUCUCAUCUGUUUAGACGAGCUAAGCCUGCAAGUUUUCAAAAAACAUGCAAAAAUUUGCAAAAGCAUGUAAAGCAUGCUCUUUUCAACAACCAAACAACUUGCGUGAUCUGACAGUUUUCAGUGUCAGAUCAGUGUGUGUGUGUGUGUGUGUGUGUGUAAAUUUUUUUGUCAGAGCUUUCAUCUGUGAUGUCAUGUUUAUAUGCUUUGGUAAUUUCUGUAUCCAUGUAUUUUAUGAUUGAUUUUGCUGAAACAAUCAGCAAUUUCUGUACAAUGCACAGUUGCACAUGUUUAACUCUUCUUGUACCAGUAAAACUCAGAACUCAGUUCACCUAUAUGACUUAACCAGUGACUUGAGAGCCACAGGCCUUUCCAAGAUGGCAUUACUAUUGAUGUGUAUAGCUCAAGUUAUUGUAUUCAUAGUCAAAAGAGCUGACCACAAACGCAGAAUGUGGCGGCAGAAAGAAUAUGCCUUUUCGUCUGUAUUUAGAUGAUUUUUUUUUUAAUGAUGCAUCUUGAACUUUAGAGUCCACUCCAAAGGCUAUUCAGUGUCAGACAAUUUACUUCUUUAGAUUACAAUGCCAGAUUAAAAGGCUAAAUUGAAAUCAAAGAAACUAGAUAAUGACCAAAUGGCAAGACUACUAUUGUAAAUUGAGCCUAGUCUGCCACCUGGUGGAUAACUUUUAAUACAUAGGGCUCGAAAAAUGCAUACACACGUCAACAGUUGUUAUCCAUUCUUUUUUUAAAACUCAAAUUAAAUUAUGGCAGCAAUGUGUGGUAUUAUGUUUCUGUAUUCAUGUCAGUCGACGUUAGUAGUCCCACCAUCGUUGAUGCAAGUAAACGUCAGAAACAAGGCAUAUGUUUUUCAUGUUGAAUGUGUAUGAAUAUUUUAGGGCCUGUAUAGACCUGAAUAUUGGAGUUGGCACUGGAAGUACUUAUUAGGACAAAGUAAAAUACCUGCUUAAAAUUUAUUGAUUAUUAAAAAAAAAUAAUAAUUUUAAAAAGUCACAAAAAUUACUUUUUUUUGGCGAGAAAGUGUAUGUUAAAUUCAGUUUUUGAAUUUGCACAAUUGUCUAUGUUUUCUUGCUAAGCUUUAAUAAAACAAACACUCCGAAAUUA